CACUUUUGUGAGAGGUCUCUUUUGUUAAAUUAAUGAAAGCGUUAUGGCGGCAACGAGUAUACCGAAUCCUUCGACUCUUCUUCCUCUUGAGUUGAUUGAUAAAUGCAUCGGCUCCAGAAUUCACAUCAUUAUGAAAAAUGAUAAAGAAAUUGUUGGAACUUUACUUGGAUUUGAUGAUUUUGUUAAUAUGGUUUUAGAGGAUGUUACAGAAUAUGAGAGUACACCAGAAGGAAGAAGAAUAACAAAAUUAGAUCAAAUUUUGUUGAAUGGAAACAACAUCACAAUGAUGGUACCUGGUGGAGACAUGCCUGAAUCCUAAGUGUAACCCCCCCUUUUUUGUGGAGCAACAGAAAUAUUGACACAACUCACUUCACAUCUUCAUCGACUCUUUAAUGUUAUUGAUAAUAGUAAUAAUAUGGUAUGAUUAAUUAAAUUUCUUUUGUGAUAAUAAAAAAAUUUAGCAAAAUUA